AUGGUAUUACACAUAGUUAAAGAAGAAACGAAGCGAGAACAACAAUGGCGCUGUUUAGCCUUGUUCCUAUUGAUGACGUCAUUUGCAUUCCUGGCAAUGAUCGUGUACAUGACGCUGGAGACCACGGAAUCCGAACAUGCACCCCAACCGUUAUAUGAACAGCAUGGUACUGUCUACCUUGGCGAGCCGUCUGAGCCGUCUGUGUUUCAUGACUUGACAGCCACUGAGAUCCGUGGCCUUUUGUCUUACUUGACACAAGAGGGAUCCCUCAACAUUACCAGACCUCCCUUCAACACAGUACACACCAACUACCGCUACCUAGCCGAGCUGUACCUACCUAACAAAGACGAUGUGUUAAGACAUUUAGAUGGCGAUGGAAAACAGCCGUCUAGGGAGGCAGUUGUAACUAUAUUUCGAGGUGCAGAAAACCCACCUGACGUCAUCGAAAGAAUUGUUGGGCCUCUUCCAAAUCCUACGUACAUGAAACCAGUUCCUGGGCGACCAUCAUCAAUUCCUUUCAUGCUACGACCUAUGAGCGAACUAGAAUACACAAAGUCUGUUGAAUAUGCGCAGGAUCUACUUGACACAAAUCUUUCCGCUUACUUACGUGCGAUUUACGGCGGGACCUUCAAAGAUUGUGGCUCCGAAUGUCUCAUUCUGUUCUACGUGUCCUUCAUGUCACCCUCUGUCAGCGGCGAGCAAAGUCGGAAAUUUUGGUUGUGGUUGAGUCGGAACAAAGAAAACUAUUUGUUAAACAAUUUAGAUUUUGCUGUUUUGAUCAAUAACGAAAACUCUGACUUCACUAUUGAAAACCUUUGGUUCAGGGGUAUAACUUAUGACGGGAUAGAGGACUUCAAAUCUCGCGUUUUACUGAACAGGACGGCAUUACCAUGGCCUGACCCAGAUCAUGACGACUCGUUUUCGAAGGCAGAAAGACGCGGGAGACCGUUCUGGAAGGAGCCUCGCCAAAACCCUACACAGGUUGAACCAGACGGAAAGCGAUACAGUGUACAUUAUAAUCACGUGACUUAUAUGCGAUGGAGAUUCGACUUCCGAAUGUCUAGUGCGCAUGGACCACAACUCUACGAUAUCCGAUACGAUGGUCAACGAAUUAUAUAUGAGAUUGGCUUACAGGAGUUAUGUGUGCUCUAUUCAGCUAACAACCCAGCUCAAAUGUUUGCUGACUUUUUCGAUUCUUUUGAUCUCAUUGGCCCGAAGGCUAGUCCUCUCGUGCCUGGGGUAGAUUGUCCGUUUCACGCGACAUUUAUCGAUGCUUCUUUCCUCACAGAGACAUUCAAUGAGCAGUUCACCACGCGAAAUGUGUUCUGCAUAUUUGAACUGAAUACAGGCGACCCGCAUCGCCGACAUUUUAAUUACGAACCUCUUAGCCAGACCUCUUACGAAGGAAUGGAGAGCAUUAUUCUCGUAUUUAGGACCAUCCUCACUGUCAUGAAUUACGAUUACGUAAUUGAUUUCCGCUUUUUCCAAAAUGGUGCUUUCCAAGUACGUGUUCUUUCUACAGGUUUUAUUUCAACUAGUUAUUACAGACCGGAAGAGAACCCGUAUGGAUAUCGCCUACACGACUUUAUUACCGGAAAUCUUCACCAUCACCUGAUACAUUUCAAAGUCGAUCUUGAUGUUAUGGGUACGAGUAAUCGCUUCGCAACUCUUGAUAUUGAACCAGACACUGUAGACAAUACUUGGGGUAAGGUCGGUGGACAAAAAUAUCAUCAAACCAAAUUCAGUCAUAACGUGAAACCAGAUGAAAUGAGCGCUGCCUACAAGUUUGAUUUUAAUUCACCAAAAUAUCUUACGUUUUAUAAUAAUAGAUCAACAAAUAAAUAUGGCGUACACAGAUCGUAUCGUGUGUUACCACGAGGAAUGACAAAGUCAUUGCUGGCGGAAGGAUAUGAUAAUGAACCUUCUAUGUCUUGGUCGCGAUAUCAGAUGGCGGUGACACGGCGGAAGGAAACGGAGACAUUCAGCAGCUCGCAGUAUGCUUCUCUGGACGCUUCAAACCCAGUUGUAAGGUUCCAAGACUUUCUAGACGACAACGAAUCCAUAUUGGACGAGGAUCUUGUGGCGUGGCUGACACUAGGAAUGCAUCACAUUCCCCACACCGAGGACCUUCCGGUCACACCAACUCCAGGAAUGGAUGUAGGAUUCCUCCUCCUUCCUUUCAAUUAUUUCGCAGAAGACGCCACCAUAGCUUCGAGAAACGCUAUCAGGAUUGAGCCAAGAAACAGAAAAAAUCUUAAGGACGGUCUCAGAGUAGAGCGGUAUGGUGUGAAGCAUGACAUCCAAUGUGGUUCCACAGAUAACUCGUUCUGGCAAGAUAUCGAAAAUGACCCCUCGAUUCUUUUUGACAGCGAGGAAGAGUGA